UGGUAUUUCGGCAAAAUCAAGAGAGUAGAGGCCGAGAAAAAGUUGUUAUUGGUGGAGAAUGAGCAUGGUGCUUUCCUCAUACGGGACAGAUGUCCGCAGGCGUUGUAUGAGAUAAUGCUUGAGAGUUGGCAUAAGGAUCCGUUCAAAAGGCCGACCUUCGAGACGCUUCAGUGGAAACUCGAAGACUUCUUCACACUCGAGGGCUCUGAAUAUAAGGAAGCGUCGAUCGCUUAUUAGCCUCUCAUAAAGCCAUUUGUCUCUUCAAUCACUCGAAUCGUCUCAACUCUACUUCUCUUUCAUUAUAACUAUUAUUAUAUAUUUGUUAUCAUUUUUUAAUUAAUGGAUUCCAUAGAGAACUGCAAACUCUUGUAUUAUUUACACAUUAUAUGUCAUAAACAUAAGAAAUAUGCAGAACAACAACAAUUGAAAAGCAACUCUUUUUAUUAUACCUGUGCUCUCGUCUGUCGAUUGAAUUUCAUUAGAUAUUCGAUAAUUAAUUACAAUAUUAUUAUAUUAAGUGCCAUAAGAUUCCACGGCUUCGGCCGAUAAUACACCAAAACAUUUCAUUAAUCGCUUCUAUGUUUCACUAUUUUUACCAUUUUUUAUACAAAACAUUUUUCGAUCCAAUAUUUGAUUCAUUUUGCACUUAAAGAUCACAAUUAAUAACUUAUUUAACAAUACUUUUUCGAUCAAUUUAUAUAAGAAAAGAGAUUUUAUUUAAUGAAACUCAACGACGACUUUCAC